GCGAAGCGAGAUCCUGUUCUGGCGGAGCAUUUUUUGCGCGGGAAACGCGGUCUACAAAACUCCACUCUGUCCUCGGCGAGCCACUACUUCCAUCUCAUCCCGCGCUCCGAACACACCUCCGGCACCAUGUGGCUCAAGGUGUUGACCCUCCUCGGGGGAACAUGUCUGGUGGUUCUUGCAGCGGAGAAGGCAGCGGAGGCGCCCGCCGAUGCCUCUCCCGCGGAAGGGACAGAAGAGGAGGACCAGCGAGACAAGAGGAACCCGCCCCACUACUUCCUGAACGGCUGGAACGCCAUGGCCUGGAGGGAAGGCUCGGGCGCCCCCUUCUUCCGCCAGCUCAUCCACCGCCCGGGUCUCCCUCCUCUCCAGUACUACGGGCGGCCGCGCAACCACGCACUGCUUACUCCGGACGCGUUUGACUUCUACUACGCACACCCUUACUUCUACGACAUGGACAGCCCGAGCUUCCCGGUGACGCGAGCUCAGAUGCAAUCUUACUGCGCAGCGAACUUCGGUCCCGGACAGAGCACAGGCGCCCCGAGCUUCGGUCAGGCUGGGCAAGGGUCAGCGGCAGGGUUCCCACCUGGUUUCGCUCCCGGAUCCCCAGGUUCCGGGUUCCCGAGCGGAGCACCGGGUUCCAGUUUCCCCUCUGCCGACAAAGGCCAGACCCCGGGAGGAUUCCCGUCCGGCAGCGGUACGGACUCGGACUCCAAGACCGACUCGUCCUUCUUCAACCCGACCUUCCAGCAGCCGGGAACGUUCGGUGGUCAGGGCGGAUACCCGGGUGGCAGUCCCGGCUUCAACGUACCUUCGAAUUUCGGCUCUGGGCGUCCUGGGUCUAGUCCUUUUGACUCAACCGGUUCAGGUUUUGGCUUUGGUUCCCCAGGGUCACCGGGCUCUCCAGGUUCUAGCUUCGGCUCACCUGGGUCUUCAGGUUCUGGCUUCGGCUCACCUGGGUCUUCAGGUUCUGGCUUCGGCUCACCUGGGUCUUCGGGUUCUGGCUUCGGCUCAUCUGGGUCUUCGGGUUCUAGCUUCGGCUCAUCUGGGUCUUCAGGUUCUAGCUUCGGCUCAUCCGGGUCUUCUAGCUUUGGCUCAUCCGGGUCUUCUAGUUUUGGAUCAUCUGGUUCAUCAGGUUUUGGAUCAUCAGGAUCAUCCAGUUUCGGUUCCAGUGGAUCGCCCGGAUCGUCUAGCUUCGACUCCUUCAGCUUCGGAUCCUCGAGCACUGGCUCUGCCUCCAGUGGGACCUCAGGCAGUUCCAGCGGUUUCUCAGCAGGAAUUUCUUCGAAUUUUGGGAACAACAUUAACGGAGGCACUGGGUCGGUGGUCAAGAAAUCCACAAAGGAAGGAGCGACCUCGGCUGCAACCGCGGAUAAGGACGCUUCUAAAACCUCUUAAUUCCCCUGUUUAAUAAGUGAUGGCUUAGUGCUUUGUCUCUAUUCUUCUUCUGUUAAAGAUGCACGUGCAGAUUCCUUGCAAUUGGGAAUUCUGUUCCUUUAGAGACGUGAUUUGCAAAACUAUAUAUCUGUGAUUUUUUUACGGGAGUUAGAUACUAUACAGGUUUUAUAAUGGUCUUUAUAUUUUUUCUCGACUCCCACUCUAUAUCGUUAAUGAUGCUCUUUUAAAUAAACAUUAUCUCGAACAAGGCUCACAACCUACCUACGUAUGUAUAGUAACACAUGUUUUGUUCACACAGCCAAGUUUCUGUGUAACUGAGGCAUGCAAAUUAUACUCAAAUAUAUAUACAUGUCUACACACCCUGACAGCAACACAUCUACCCUUCAUGAAGCUCAAUGAAUGGAUGAAUUUAAAAGUAAUUUCACUUGCUCGGAGUCUGCAAGAGGUCGGGCUUUCAUUUCCCAUUUCCUAAACCGACUGUGAAAUGUGUAUGUACCUAGUGAACUUGUGACAUGUUUAGAUGCUACUGUGAAAUAAAAUAUACAUUUGG